CCACUCUACCUCUCCCUUUUUGCAUCGGCUUCGCUCGCCUACUACGUUCUAGCACCCACCCUCCAGCCUUCACCAGUCAUGUUCAGCAAACGUCCCGACAAGCACACCACGGGCUUGAUCAACAUGAGAAACGACUGCUUUGCCAAUUCGUCAGUCCAGGCGUACUCAGCAUUGCCAGGCCUCACGGAAUACCUCAACCAGUUCUAUCUUGCAUUCAGACAGUUGAAGAAGUUCGUGGACGACCGCGACCUCGACGUGUCGCACUUGCUUAAGUCCAAGACAAAGACGAAGUUCAAGAACUCCAACACCUUCGAGAUCCCGCUCCACACGGCAUUGGCCCAGAUUGUCAAGAAGUUGCAGGAUACCCAGCUCACGUCCAGAACCAUCUCCGUGUGGACUUUCCUCCACUGUCUCGAAAACAUCUUCAACGCCAAAAUCUCACGCUCCCAGCAUGACGCCCAGGAAUUGACCCAGCUUAUCAACGAGACGUUAGAGUUCGAGAACGGCAAGAUCAAAGCUUACCUCGCGUACUUGAAGAAAAAUUUGGCCUCCAUGGUAGGUCCCAACAACGUGCCGGCACCACGCGACUACGAGAUCUUGGAGCUGAUAGAGGUGCCCGACUUCCCGUUCUCGGGCUUGAUCUUGAGCCAGAUGAAGUGUCUUGCCUGCAAAGGAGUUUCCAAGCCCAGCUUCUCGCCAUUCUUGAUGCUCACCCUCCACGCCCCCGAGAAGUUAUCCACUGACAUCGAGACGUUAUUGAACGAAAACGAAUCCGAAACCAUCGAGGGCUACCACUGCUUGAAGUGUCGCAUCUCCAGAAUUGUCCAGGAAGAAGAUAGAGCUGGCAAAAACGAUUCCAACCCCCUCCUCAAGCGCGUGAGAACACUUCACGAAGAAAGUACCUUGGCAAUCAAUGAAGAUUUGGAUAAAGAUCUCGAGGAGUUCAUCAAAAACUACAAAACACCAGAUUGUGAAAUUGCCAAGGUUACAUCCACUGUCUUGAGAACUGCUCAGAUCCUCAAGCCCCCCAAGAUCUUCGGCCUCCAUCUUUCUAGAUCCUCGUUCAACGGGGUGGAUAUCACCAGGAAUCCUUGUAGAGUGUCUUUCAAGGAUCAAUUAAUUCUCUCUAUCGGUAAGGAAUACCUGGAAGAGCUCCAGAAAUUUCAAAGCGCCGCUGCUGCACAGGACGAAGCCGAAAUUGAUGCCUUGCCAAAUAAUGUUUUGACACACGAUGUCAAUGACAUGGAAGACGAAGACGUUCAAAGAGAAGAUUUUGAUGAGAAAGGAUCUGACGACGAAGACGAUGAGGAAGCUUUGGGUUCCACCGACGCCGAUAGCACUGUAACCGAAACUGAGACAGCUACAGAAGGCGAUGAUGAUGCAGAGUAUGACAGUGACAAUGAGGAUGUAAUUUCCACGGCCCGUCAAUCAAUAAUGACCACAGGAACCUUAAAGGACAAUACCGCCACCACCAAUCAAACUAGAUUUUCAGACCUGUCCACUUUGGCUACCAAAACUCCAGAGACAUUAAACAAUGCUCCUAUCACGGAGGACCAAACCGACCGCUUGAAAGAGCAUUUCAAAGCAUUUAAAUUCAAUGAUAAUGAUGUCUAUAAGUACAGGCUAAAGGCAGUCAUCAGACAUCAGGGAUCUCACACCCAAGGACAUUACGAGUGCUACAAGCGCAAGCCUUUAUUUGUAAAGGAUAAAGAAGGUACCAUUUUCAAAUUGUCUCCAGAAAUUAUUGAUGAAGUAAAUGAUGAAGUUGUAUGCAACGUCCAGAAAGCCACAGAAAAGGAAGCUGCAAGCAUUCCGGGAGCGAAUGACAAGUUCGAGCAGGAUGCCGCAUCUAACAAAUUCAAGAAGUUCUCAAUGACUCGCUCAAAUAGUGUAAGGAGAACAUCGUCCUCUUCAAACGAAGGAGAUCCACUCAGAAGCAGAUCUUCUUCAAAUGCGGUGCCUUUAAGUCAAAUUUCAGAUGAUCAAAGUCGCUUCCCUCCAAAUGAGGAGAUCGGUGGGUCUGGAUUCCGUAGAAGGUUCUCGACCAUGAUGGGACGUCGUCCCUCUGUUAUUCAGGGACACCCCCAAGAAUCCAGCAUUCAAGAAAUUGUCAACUCGGGGUCCCAAACCCCAGCUGAACUAUUGGUGGGUGACUUGGAGCCAAAUGAUUAUUUCUCGAAUGCUUUAGCUAAUGGUGCCUUGGAGAACAUUGGCAAAGAAGAUGAACACAAGCAAGAAAGCACAAAGAAAAUUAAGAUGAAGAAAAUCUCUUCGCUCAUCAAGAAUCCUUUCUGGCGUAUCAGUGACUCUCAGGUCACAGAAGUUUCUAAAGAAUCUGUCUUAUGUGAAACCACUAGUGUCUACAUGUUGUACUAUGAAAGAGUUGAUAGAAAACAAAUCAAGGAGCAUUAAAUUACUUAAGUAUAGAAAAAUAUAGAUUUGCAUAAUUUAGAAUUGAUGCAGUGAUUUGAC